AGUUAACCGCACGCGGGCGCACAGACACGCACAAUGUUCUUGCGCAGUAAAUAUUAUUCUUAGAAGCAAAGAAAAAAAGGAGCAAUAGCACGUAGUGGUUCGGUUCCUUGCUUCUUGUUGACAAUAGGGUUGCACUUGCACUGCACGCACGCCAUCCACAACUGAGCCCUCUUUCUCUUCUUCGCUUCGCUUCCGCCAAAAAGCACACACUCUCACUAUCAGUCUCUGCCACCGCAACAAUGGGUGCUUCUCUUCCUCCCAAAGAGGCCAACCUCUUCAAGCUUAUUGUUAAAUCCUAUGAAACCAAACAAUACAAAAAGGGCCUCAAAGCAGCCGAUGCCAUUUUGAAAAAAUUCCCUGACCAUGGAGAAACUUUGUCAAUGAAGGGUUUGACAUUAAAUUGCAUGGAUCGUAAGUCUGAGGCAUAUGAACUGGUUCGCCAAGGUUUGAAGAAUGACCUUAAAAGUCAUGUUUGCUGGCAUGCUUAUGGUCUCCUGUAUCGGUCAGAUAGAGAAUACAGGGAAGCAAUAAAGUGUUAUCGAAAUGCAUUGAAAAUAGAUCCUGACAAUAUUGAAAUCUUGCGGGACUUAUCACUUUUACAGGCUCAAAUGCGAGACUUAACUGGCUUUGUUGAGACACGACAACAACUUCUGACGCUCAAGUCAAAUCAUCGCAUGAACUGGAUUGGCUUUGCUGUUGCACAUCAUUUGAACUCUAAUGCAUCAAAGGCUAUUGAAAUUCUGGAAGCGUAUGAAGGGACAUUGGAAGAUGAUUAUCCUCCAGAAAAUGAACGGUGUGAGCAUGGGGAAAUGCUUUUGUAUAAGAUCUCCUUGUUAGAAGAAUGUGGAUUUUUUCAGAAAGCUCUGGAGGAGUUGCAAAAGAAAGAGUUAAAAAUUGUUGAUAAGCUUGCUUAUAAAGAACAGGAGGUUUCACUUCUAGUUAAGCUUGCCCACUUAGAAGAAGGGGAGAAAUUGUACCGGAAAUUACUUUCCAUGAAUCCUGACAAUUAUAGAUAUUAUGAAGGCCUCCAAAAAUGUGUUGGAUUAUAUUCAGAAAAUGGCCAUUAUUCUCUUGAUGAAAUAGAUCAGUUAGAUGCCUUGUACAGAACACUUGGGCAGCAAUAUAAGUGGUCUUCUGCUGUUAAGAGAAUACCACUCGAUUUUUUACAAGGUGACAAAUUUCAAGAAGCAGCAAAUAAUUAUAUUAGGCCCCUCCUCACUAAGGGAAUUCCAUCUCUUUUCUCUGAUCUUUCUUCGUUAUACAAUCAACCCGGGAAGGCAGACAUUUUGGAACAAAUCAUUCUUGAGAUAGAGAGUUCAAUUAAGACCACUAGUCAAUACCCUGGAGGGAUGGAAAAAGAGCCACCUUCAACUCUUAUGUGGACUUUGUUCUUGUUGGCUCAGCAUUAUGACAGACGGGGCCAAUAUGAAAUUGCUCUUUCUAAAAUCAAUGAGGCUAUUGAUCACACACCUACCGUCAUUGAUCUGUAUUCAGUCAAGAGUCGGAUACUGAAGCAUGCUGGUGAUUUGGUUGCUGCUGCUGCAUUUGCAGAUGAGGCUAGGUGUAUGGAUCUUGCCGAUCGUUAUGUUAAUAGUGAAUGUGUUAAGCGCAUGCUGCAGGCUGAUCAGGUGGCUUUGGCAGAAAAAACUGCUGUGUUGUUCACAAAAGAUGGUGAUCAACACAACAACCUGCAUGAUAUGCAGUGCAUGUGGUAUGAGCUUGCCGGUGCUGAAAGCUAUUUUCGCCAAGGUAAUCUUGGAAUGGCUCUCAAGAAAUUUCUGGCUGUGGAGAAGCAUUAUGCAGAUAUUACAGAAGAUCAAUUUGAUUUUCAUUCAUACUGCUUAAGGAAAAUGACAUUGCGUACAUAUGUUGAAAUGCUUAAAUUUCAAGACCAAUUGCAUUCACAUGCAUACUUUCAUAAAGCAGCUGCUGGAGCAAUCAGAUGUUAUAUCGAAUUGCAUGAUUCUCCUCCAAAGUUGACAACAGAGGAAGAUAAUGAUCUGUCUAAGUUGCUUCCUUCUCAAAAAAAGAAAAUGAGGCAAAAACAGAGGAAGGCAGAAGCAAGAGCUAAGAAAGAGGCAGAAGAAAAAAAUGAAGAAUCAAGUGCUGGUGGGAUAUCAAAGUCUGGAAAACGGCAUGCAAAACCUGUUGAUCCGGAUCCAUGUGGUGAAAAAUUGUUGCAGGUCGAAGAUCCUUUGUUGGAAGCCACAAAAUACUUGAAGCUGCUGCAGAAGAACUCACCUGAUUCAUUGGAGACACACUUUCUCUCUUUUGAAUUAUAUAUGAGAAAACAGAGGAUUUUGCUUGCAUUCCAGGCUGUGAAGCAAUUACUGAGGUUGGAUGCUGAACACCCUGAUUCUCAUCGUUGCUUGAUUAAAUUCUUCAAUAAAGUAGGAUCUAUGAUUGCUCCUGUGACUGACAGUGAGAAACUCAUUUGGAGUGUCUUAGAAGCUGAGCGCCAAACUAUUAGUCAGCUGCAUGGUAAAUCUCUGUUUGAGACAAAUAACUCUUUCCUUGAAAAACAUGAAGAUUCUUUGACGCAUAGAGCUGCUUUUGGAGAAACGUUAUAUAUUUUGGAUCCCAACAGAAGGUCUGAAGCUGUCAAGUUGAUCGAAGGGUCACCAAAUAAUAUUGUGCCAACAAAUGGAGUGCUUGGACCAAUCAGGGAAUGGAAACUUAUAGAUUGUGUUGCAGUUCAUAAACUUCUUGGAACAGUUCUUGUUGAUCAGGAUGCUGCAUUAAGAUGGAAAGUGCGUUGUGCUGAGCUUUUCCCAUACUCCACGUACUUUGAGGGCAGUCGCAGCUCUGCCUCUCCCAACUCUGCCUUUAAUCAGAUACGCAAGAGCUCUGAAAAUGGGAGUUCAAACCAUUCGGUGGGUGAUCACAAUGCGGAAUCCGGCACAUCAAAUGGCAAACUAGAGGCAUUCAAAGAUCUCACUAUCUGACAAAGUUGAACAGGGGCUAAAAAAAUGGUUUGCAAGUAAUACCUAGUUUGGACUUUGGAUGCCUGGUAAUCCAAGCUGCAUUUGAAUCCCCACCUAAACUAGGCUGCAGUUCCCGACAAGGUUCAUACUAAGUUUUGGUGCCGGUGUUAUCAAAUUCUGAACACAAGUCACGGAUGUAUUUUCUUUUCACGAGUUCUCCCUCUCCAAACUUACAUGUGUUCGUUCCAUUUGCAAAUGUGUAUAAUUUUACCGCAAUUAUGUUUUAGGGUUGAAUUUUUUAUUCUCACCCUUUUUUUUCCCGAGAUGUUUAGAGAGAAGGCUCCAAGGAUUUGCAAUUUAGUCCAAGUUUUACUAUUUAGGUAGCAGGGAGAGCUAAAGAAAUUUUAAGUUUCUGGUCCUGCAUUCGGCCAGCACAUAUACACACCGAGAGCAUGUAGUACUUUUCCUAUUUGUUGGCUUAUUUAUCAUGUAUUAAUUAUUUAAUGUGAGAAUUUUGCCUUAGAUUCCAUGUGAAAUAUCUGCCGAUGGUUGAGAAGACUUGUAAGAGUUAUGAUUAAAAAUGGAAUUUACAGACAAGUGGAUUUGUACUUGGUUCAGAUAUUAGUUUAAUUUGAAAGCCUUUUGAAGUUGGAUUAUAAAGUUGAA